AUGGGUUCCAAAUCUCCCGAACAUCAAGACACGCCCCACGGCCAUAAUGCCCCCUCGGCCGCGGUCACCACCACUGGCGGCGAACCACGCGGUGCGCAUCUGUCCCGCGACGGAGACGGGAGUCUGGGCGACGGGGGCGAUACCGACGACGACGACGACGACGACGAUGAUACCCUCGGGGCCGGUGCGGUUCCCCACUCCCUGACCGGCUCGACCGCUACGAAGAAGAACCAGAACAAAAAGAAGAAGAAGAAGAAGUCCAAGAAGAAGCCGUCGGGUCCAGUCCACCAGUCCUCUCCACCCCGCGUCCCGGUGGAUCAGCUCUUCCCGACGGGUCAGUACCCCAUGGGGGAGAUUCAAUGCGACGGAGCGGUGAUGAACACGGCGCGCACGACGGCCGCAGAAAGUCGCGACCAAGCCCGAUGCGACCUGGUGGACGAGACCUUCCUCAACAACUAUCGCAAAGCGGGCGAGAUCCACCGCCAGGUCCGCCAGUGGGUCCAGGCCAGUGUGCGGCCGGGACAGAACCUCAUGGACAUUGCGGUGGGCAUCGACGAUGGUGUCCGCGCGCUGUUGGACAACGCAGGCCUAGCACCGGGCGAGGGUCUCCGGUCGGGAUUGGGAUUCCCGACGGGCCUAUCUCUCAAUCACUGCGUGGCGCAUUCCACCCCGAACCCGGGACAGCCGCCCGUCGUGCUGCAGGCGACGGAUGUGAUGAAGGUAGAUUUCGGCGUGCAUAUCAAUGGAUGGAUCGUGGACAGCGCCUUCACCAUGUCGUUUGAUCCGACCUACGACCCACUGCUUGCCGCCGUCCAGGAUGCGACCAACACGGGCAUCCGGACGGCCGGAGUCGACGUGCGCAUCAGCGAUGUCAGCGCCGCUAUCCAGGAGGUCAUGGAGAGCUACGAGGUGGAGAUACGCGGCCACACCUUCCCCGUGAAACCGGUCCGCAGCCUCAGCGGUCACGACAUCAAGCAGUAUCAGAUCCACGGCGGCAAGUCGAUCCCCUUCGUCAGGAACAAUGACCAAACCAAGAUGGAAGCCGGAGAGAUUUUUGCCAUUGAAACAUUUGGCUCGACCGGCCGGGGCACUGUGAUCGACGGCGCCGGUGUCUAUGGGUACGGCCGGAGUGCCGACGCCCCUCUGAAGGUGAUCACGCCGCUGGCGACCGCCCGAUCGCUCUACAAAAGCAUCAACGAAAAUUUCGGGUCCCUGGUCUUUUCCCGCCACUCCCUGGAGCGGCUGGGGGUCGAUCGAUACCUGGCGGGGAUGAACAACCUCGUAUCGAAGGGGGUGAUGGACGUCUACCCUCCUCUGAUGGAUGUCCGGGGCUCGUUUUCGGCCCAGUUUGAACACACCAUCAUUCUAGGCGAGUCGGGCAAGGAAGUUAUCAGUCGCGGGGAUGACUAUUAA